AUGAAUCUGAACAUUGGCGACCUUGCAUAUGUGGAUUAUGGCGAAGGCCCACCACAAGUUGUACAUUGCAGACUCAUUCUGGAUGUGGUAGAUGCACCGGGAAGUGAAUUUAUCAUAGGGACCCCUGACUUCGACGUUUACUCAGAGGUUUUGGAUCCGGGCGUGAAUGGAGAUAUCACUCGUGUUUGGCAAGGGCGUGCAAACGGGGCUCUCCCCGCUGGCCUUAGAGGUGAUCGGGUGUAUGGAUUUGCUCCCAUGACUAUGCAGCAGCUCACUCGUCUCAUGGACCAAGGUCGUGCAGAGGGACAGUUGGUUCGAGCUGCACGCGGGCUAGCCGCUGCGGCUGGCGUUGCAGCUCCUGCUCCAGGCGCUGGUGGUAUGGGGGUUGGUCCUGCAGGGCCUGCUCCAGUUCAGUUCUGGGUGCUGGGUGAAAUGGUGGUUGGUCGUAAGAUUGGAGAGCGUGUAGUUCCGGGACCGGAGUUGGUUACCCUUGGCGACUAUGGCUUGUGCAACAUUACGGGUACUGACAAUGUUGAGCGCCCAUGCUUGGUUCGACGAUUGACGGACGAUGCGGUUGCUGCUUUCUGUGAUGACCGUAUACUCCUGGCGAGGUCAGCUGAAAGCUCUGAUGGUGUUGAGAAGUCCGUGGCCGAGGACGUCAGAACCCUUGAGGUACGCUAUGCUUCUAAUGGAGAGAGGCAGCGUAACUUCAGGGAAUCAGUUCGUGAAUUAUCUCAGACUGAAUUUGACGAUUGGCCAUUGGAACCGAGGACAGCACUGGACUAUGUGCGUGCUGUGUCAGGUAUCGCUGAAAGUGCUACUGCACAACACCAUAUAUGGAUCAACUCAGCUGGCAUCCCUCCAGGGGAUAGGUCGGUCUAUGAAGACCAGCUCCUUGCAAGAGUGCUAGACACUGCACUGUGCUAUGACUCAUUAAACAUUGCAAAUCUGGCUUGCAUGGAGUUGGUGUGCCGCAGGAGACAGCUUCUGGCAGAUGCUCACUCGGGCUCCCCAGGUGCUCCAUCAUAUCUUGGAGCUGAACACUAUCUUGGAGAGACCUACAAGAUGGGUGGCGGGAUUGUCGUCCCAUCGUUGACUGACCACGUCAGUAAGAAGAUGCAAGCACAAAGUCAGAUCAUGAAGGAGAAGAGGAAGCUCUCCGAGGCGACUAGCUUGGGAAAAGGUGGCAAGAAAGGUCAACCAGUACCAGUACAACCCAAAAAUCCUCCCCCUAGAGCUAACCAGGCCAUUGACAGUUUGAAUUCGCUUUUCUUUGGGACCUCUGGGUUCCCCACAGUGGAGGCUGUGGGUGGUUUGGAUGGGUUGCCUUUAUUACAGAGGGAGGCAAUCACUUCGAUCCUGUCUGCAGUUCGAACUAUGGGUGCCCCACCCACUGCAACUGACUCGGGAGCACUUAAGGCGCUCCGGGUGGCUGCCUCUGCUUAUUUUGAACCAGAGGUUAGCGUUGGUGACGUGGUGCCAUUGCAGCUGGAGCGUUUGUCGCUUCCUGAUGGAAGUGGAGCUGGCGUGGAGUUGCGAUCGGCGCUUGAUAGCUCCCUUCAGGGGGUCGUGGAUAACUUUGAGGGUGUCAUGCUGCAGGACCCUGAUAUUUGGACAAGUAUUUCUAGGGAUUGCGCCCACCUUAAGCCCUACAGUGACCCAUCGCUGAAGGAUAGAUCCAAAUACCUUACUUUUCUUAGGAUGAUGUAUGGUUGUGGGAUUCUUUCUUUCGUCAAUCGAUGCCGGGGGAGGGUAGGUGCAUUUACUGUCAGCAAGAAGCCCAAAAAUAUUGGAGGGGUGACUCAGCAACGUCAAAGACUUGUGUUGGAUUGUCGUCAGACAAACUUGUUGUUCAAACCUUCACCUCAUACAGAAUUGGGAAGCCUUGCAAGUCUUGCGGAAGUGGACUUGCCUAACGAUGCUACACUAUUCUUGGGGGGAGCCGACAUCCAGGAUUGUUUCUACGGUGUGCAUAUUCCUACUGAGAUGAUGGAGUUCUUCUGUUUUGAGUUUGAUAUCUCAGGAGCCGAUGCCAGGUGGGUAUCGGGAGGUCAGUAUACUGGGGAUGAUGGUACCAUGGUUUCUCCUUGUGUUAAUGUUUUGCCUAUGGGAUUUUCCUGGUCAUUCUACUUGGUACAGCAUAUUCAUCAGCAUGCCGUGUUGCGUAGCCUGGACAUUACAGAGGGUGAGCUCUUCCUUGAUGCACGUCCUCCUCCUCUCCUCCAUGAAGGUGGUAUAUAUAGCAUGCCUUAUUGUGACAAUAUUCAUUGCCUAUCUCUCGAACGGGAUCGCUGUGAACACGGUAAGCAAGCGAUUGUCGAUGAACUCGGCAACAUGGGAUUUUGUAUUCACGAGGACGCCCCUGCCAGCCAUCACUUCGAGACAUUGGGUGGGCUGGUGGACGGAGAGGCGGGACAUCAAGAGUCGCGUGAGUGUAUUAUUUUCUCAGGUCUCAUUCCAUUGCUCUUUGCUGACAUCAAACGUGGUUGGUGGAACGAGCGCUGGAGAUUCAAGCGCCUGGGGCCUGAGGAGUGGGCACCACGCAGGUGGCAGCUUUGUCUCUUGCUGCCGGGCUGGGUCUCCGACUACGUUGGCUGCCCUCAGAACUCAAUCCAGCCGAUGGCCCCUCAAGAGGCCAGAUCCAGCCGGGUGCUUACCGGCAGUUUGCUGAUAGCGCCCACGAAGAUGAAUCCGAAGAGGUGCCUCACACCAAAGCCGAAGGUGGUGAAGAAGAUGAAUGUAAGCAGCUCGAGCUCGAGCAAGCCGACGGUCAAGCCGUCGACGUCUCGCAUCUUGAAGCCGAAGGAUACUCCAGUGAAAGCUGCCCCUCCACCUCGAAGGGUGGUUGGUCGUAUGGUGAUGGAGCCUGUAGAGAUGUUGGGAAAGAGGGCCCAAUCGAAGCUUCUUACCAUGCUGGAGACCCGUUCAGUGUCCAAGGAGGUGCAACAUCAAUAUCGACAGUACCUGGCGAAGUUCGAGAGUUUUUGCCGGGCCAGCGGAUUGGGAUGGCCAGUUCACAGCAACGUGGACGACAUUCUUGUAGACUUCUUGGACGUGCUGUUUCUAGAUGGAGGCUCGGCGGCGGAGGGAGAGAAAGUGGUUGCCGCGGUGGAGUUCGAGCAGAUCCAUCUCAAAGGCACUUUGGUGCGGUGCCGGCGGGCUUUGAAGGGAUGGAGGCGAGAACGUCCUCCUCAAAGCCGACUACCCUUGCCUCGUCUGAUUGCUUGUGGAAUGGCAAUGGCCAUGGCUGCUCAAGGAAAGAAACUGAUGUCCUUGAAACUCAUGGUGGACCACGACACGUACCUCAGACCUGGCGAGAGCAUAGAGCUACGAGGACGAGACAUAGUUCCUCCAGUUCGCAGUGCAGGUCGUCAGUAUCGCUGGCAUUCCGUGAUUGUCAGGGACAGCCAGGACCUCAAGCCAGACAAGGUGGGGAUCUUCGACAAUUCAGUGCCUCUGAAUUCUCCAGGCCGAGAGUAUCUCGGUCCCUUGAUGAUGGCCCGGGUGAGCAAGUUGAACAACAAGGACGACUUCAUCUACCCAUUCUCUGCAGCAGAGUACAGGAAGUGCUUUCAGAGCGUGGGAGAGUUGCUCAACAUCAAAAGUUUGCACCCUUAUCAAACUCGUCAUGGAGGAGCGUCAGAGGACCUGAACAGUGGAGAAAGAGAUGCUCAGGCCGUGAAGAUCAGAGGUCGAUGGCAUACCGAUCAAAGCGUGCGAAGGUACGGGAAGGUGGGGAAGAUCCAACGACUGAUGGCAACUUUGUCACCAAGUCACAUGGAGUAUUGUCAGUGGUCGCAAGCAAACAUGGAGAGAAUGCUCAAGGGCCAAGUGACCCCUCGACUGCCAUGA